GGGGGAGAGAGAAAGAGAGAAAUAAAAAGAGAAGGAGAGAGAUGGGGAAGAGAGAGAGGAGGGAGUGCAAUAGAGGGAAAUAGACCGAAGAGAGGAACACAGUAUACAGAUUGAGCUGUAUGCAGAGGCUACAGAGACAACAGCAUUGUCAAUGUGGAGUCACCCCUCUGGUUUGUAUAGUUACAGUUGCUUUAUGCGCAUAGCAGUCUAACCAGUGCUUUGUAUGGGAUCUGAUUGUAAACACAGUCAUUUACAAUAGAGCCUGUAAUUUAUGCAUGCUUUUAAGAGGGGUUGUUGGGUGAUGAAUGGUCUCUAAAUCUAGGCCGUAUCAGGCUGACAUUGCCGUAAGGCUGCCCAUUCUCUGCACUGUGCUCAAGUGUGUUCAAGGGCACCAGACAUCUGACAUGUCUUUUUAGAAAGGGGUGCUCAAAGAUUGUGUUUUUGGGGGCCAAAUUGCAGUGUUUCUGAAGAGCCGAGGGUGAAAAAGACACAACAGUAUACAAGUCAAGAAGGCAGGUUAAGGUGAAGGUUUGGUAAUAAAAGAUAAAAUGGCAAAGAGGAAUCUUCUCAAAAAUCCAAAUGGAGAUGAGGACUUGGAAUUCUGGGAGUUGACGGAGAACGGAGGCAGCCAGUGGCGGGUGGAGGACAUGCCUGGAGACUGUGGACAUGAGUUCAAUGAUGAGGCCACAAGCAAAUACUUCGCCACCUCUUUUGAGCUGUGUCUUAAAAGACAGGUGGUUGACCUGCUGGCAGAAGGCUACACCCCUGAGGAGCUGGACACUCAGCCAGCUGUCACUGUUGAGGACUGGUACUGUAGUCGUACAGACUGUGGGUGUGUUUACCAGGUGAGAGUGUCUCUGCUUGAUGAGAAUCAGGAGGUGAUGCAGGAGUUCAGGCAGGACGAUGUGAAUAUCGACCCUGACACUGAUGACUGCUCAUGGAGAGAGAUUUCCCACACGUUCUUUGAAUAUGGCCCAGGCCUGCGCUUCAUCACAUUCGAGCAUGGCGGUCAGGACACCAAAUUCUGGGACGGCUGGUUUGGAGUGAGAGUUACUGGCAGCUCCAUCACUAUAGAGCUCUAAAAGCCUCCUGCAAAAGAGUCGAGACAGACAGGGCGUCAAACUCUCUGAAUGCUAGUCUUGAGUAGCUUCUAGACAAUUUAUGGCCUAUGCGUUCUGUUCUGGGACCAACUUCAGCUUAGAUUUGUGCACUUAGGAGUCUGACGUGGAGAAUGAAUGAUAUGCAGUCGAACUUAUUAUAGUGGGUAUUUGAUGGAUGGCUCUUCAGCUAAUGCUUCAAUGGAAAAUUCAGUCGAGAAUGUUUAUAAACCAGAAGAUACUCCUGAGAAAUGAAAUGCAAGCUUUUGUUUGACUAUUGAACCCCUCCUAACUUGAUGGAAUCGUAUCCUAACAUUGUAAGCAUGAUCUACUAACAACUACCUCUGCUGAUGUAGCUACCCCUGCUUUUACCUUUACUAAUGCACUCUCUGCAACCAGACACAAUUCAGUUCUAAACCCGCCAGUCAAAGAAGGGCAAGAGAAUAUAUAAGUGGCAACAGUGUGUCUGUUAUUGGCUGUAAAUCAAAGGGAAAGACUAAAUAAAAUCUAAACUAAUGAUAAAAGUG